CUUUGCAGUUUGCACAUUUAACAAAAGCCCUUCAUAGCAUCACAUCAGAUCCCAGGUUGGAGUUGUGUUGACAGUAGUCAUGGCAGCAUCUGCGCAGGAGAUGGCACCCUGGCAGGUGUACCUUGCCAGUGGCGCUAACCGGCUCUCCCAUGACCACAGAGGUGGACGCUGGAACAGCAUUUGCAGUGGUGAGGGAGGAUAUGGAACCCGCAUCUCAAUGGAAUAUGCAUCAAGUAUCCCUGUGAGCGUCACCAAUGUCUCAAACUCCCUGUGCCUCAAUGAGAGGGAGAAUAUGCAAGAUCUUAACGAUCGCUUCGCCUCCUACCUGGAAAAGGUACACCAACUAGAGGCAGCCAACGCUCAGCUUGAGCUACAGAUCAAGGAACAUCUGGAGAGUAGCUCCCUUGGUGCCCGUAAAGACAUGGGUCGACACUUGGGGAUGAUCGAUAACCUUCGGAACCAGAUUUCUGAAUGGUACACAACCCAUGCCCAACUCAGGCUGCAGGUCGCCAAUGCUCAACUGGAAGUCUAUGGCUAUAAAUACAAGUGUGAACAGGAGGAGAGGCGUCUCUUGGCAGCGGAGGCAGAGCUGAGCCACCUGCAGAGUAUUCAGCAUGAGUUCAUCGAUAGGGAAGGAGAUCUGCACAUCCAACUGGAUGGAAACCUGGAGGAAAUGGACCUCCUCAAGAGCAACCAUGAGGAGGGAGUGCAGGGAGUGAUGGCCCAGAUGUCUGGGUUGGUUAACGUGGAGAUGGACUGUGCUCACUCAGUGGAACUGAAUGAGAGUCUCAGUCGCCUAAGGGAGCAGUGUGGGGCGAUGGUCCUGAAGAACAAAACAGAGGCUGAGAGCUGGUUUCGGAGCAAGGUGGACAGUAUGAAGACCCAGGUGACCGUCUGUUCCGAUGGGUCCGAGGUUAGGCAGACAGAGAUAGAUCACCUAAAGAGAAAAGUCCAGGACCUAACUCUGGAGUUGCAGCUAUUGGAGACCCAGAAUCUGUCAAUGGAGAGGGACGAGAUGGAAGUGAACGAGCGAUACAGUAUUCACCUCAGUCGGCUUCAGAAGCACUUAGACAGCCUGGAGGUGGAGCUGCUGCAGCUAUGUACAGCCACAGAGCAACAGGCUGUCCAGUACCUGAUGCUACUGGACAUCAAGAGCAGGCUAGAGAGGGAGAUUGCUGAGUACAGGAGACUGCUGGAUGGAGGGGGAGCCAGCAGGAAAUCAAUCCCCAACGCCAUGGCUAGUGUCACGUCUCACUGUGCAAUGAGCAAUGGAACUGCCUUUCAACACGUCUUCAUGCCAAUUCAGAGUUCCUCCAUUAGUGUACCAAGAGCAAGUGUACCAAUACUUUGUGUACCAAGAGAAAGCGUGUCAAGUAUUAGUGAGACCUCAAGAGAGACCUCAAGCAAUUUAGAAAACGGAGGACAAGUGGUAGGUGCAGCCAUUGGGGAGCAGGUUACCCGUGUGCAGAAAGUGUUUCUGUAUAAUGCCUCCGAUAAAACAGUGCAGAGUGUACAAACUUCCAAUCAGGUUAGCACUGUAAAAGAAGUCCAAAGCAAGUGUUUAGAAAGUGGGCAUCGGGUUGGAUAUUCAGAGAGCAGCGCUAACACCAGCUUUGCACAACAUGGAUCUAGCACUAACACCAGCCCUGCACAACAUGGAGCUAGCGCUAACACCAGCUUUGCGCAACAUGGAUCUAGCGCUAACACUAGCUCUGCACAACAUGGAGCUAGCACUAACACCAGCUCUGCACAACAUGGAGCUAGCGCUAACACCAGCUCUGCACAACAUGGAGCGAGCGCUAAAACCAGCUCUGCACAACAUGGAGCUAGCGCGAACACCAGCUCUGCACAACAUGGAGCUCAUGUUGUGAGUAGCGUUGAGAAUAAAACCACCACUGGAGUCAAUGACAGACCACUUGAUAAUAUCAGUGUGAUUAUCUCAACAGCUCAGAUUAGCGAAGAUGCAUCUCAGAUUAAAGACACAGAAGUUGUUCAGAUCACUAGUAGUGAUGUUGAUGUUACCAAUGUUAACUGUGGAGGACAGACUCCUAGCAAGGUGAAUGAAGAAGAGAUAAGCAUUGCCGACGACACAGUACAAGUUAGCAGUGAGGAGGCCGUAGUGGUGGUUGGUGUCAGUGAUGUAAAAAGCACAGGUCAGAUAAAAUGUAGGGAAACUGAGAUCCAGGAGAGAAGUGUGGAAAGUGAGACUAACAUUGGCAGUGAAAAUCAGAUUGUUAGUACUGUGCAUGAUGCUCGAAUGAUCUCCGCAGAGGAAGAAAACCAAUUCAGAAGUGAGGAGACUCAGAUUGACAGCAUGGAGGUUAGGAGUCAGAUGAAUAGCUGUCAAAUUGGAACUCAGAUCAGUGGAGUUCUGAGUGUUUCGGAAAGUGUUGCUCAGAUAACCCGUGUAGGAAAUGGCAGUCAGAUCAGCUGUGUUGAAACUGGAGCACAGCUCUGCUCCUUGGAGAUAAACAUCACAGAAAAUGAGGUUCAGCCAAGCAGUCAGCCAACAGAAGUAAAUAUCACCCAAUCGGAAGACAGAUUUGAGAUGAUAAAUGCUGAACAUGGAGAGCAUGUUAUUAUAGAGGAAACUAUCCUUGAGGAGACAAGCUGUAUAUCCAGAAAGAGUGACACUGUGGAGAGCAGCAGGGUUGAAAGCGUAGGACCGGUUGAUGAGCUGGAAGUCACAGCUGUAGUUGGUGAUGCAGACGACGAAGGUCAAACAAACUGUGAGGAGAGUAGAGGUCAGAUAAACAUUGCUCAGGGUGGUGACCUAACGAGCAGAAUCAUAACAACAAGUGUGGUUGAAAUGAAGAGUGCUGAUGAGGCUGAUGACCUGACAAGAAGUGUGGUUGAGAUGGUCAGCACAGAAAUACCAAUGGCAUCCAGCCCUGUGGAAUUUGAGGUUCCAAUUGUCCACAGGGAGUACAGAGCUCAAACCCCUUUGAUGGAGAGUGAAGGUAUGAUUAGCAGAGAUGUUCAAAUGAUUGACCACGUCUCUACAGGUGACAUAAGCACUGUGGAAACUGUAGUAGUCUCGUUCCCAUCCGUGUCUCAGACAACUGACAGCGAUAAUGCUAACAGCAAGGGAUGCGAGGCUAAGGAAACUGUGAUCCAGGUGAAGAAAGUGGAAGGUCCAGUUCCAAUCAGCAGUGCAGAACAUGGGGGUCUGAUCACCAAUGUUGUACAGAUUAGCAGCGCUGCAAGUGACAAUACGAUCAGCAGUGCCACAGGUGUAGCGGUAAAAGUGCCAGCUAGCACAGUGGCAAGUGCAGUGGAGAUCAUCAGUGAUAUGAGAAGUGGAAGUAUGAUAUGUACUGGAGGUAUGACUAGUGUAGGCAGUGGUGGUUUGAUCAGCAGGACAGAAAGUGGCUAUAUGAUAUCUAGUGCAGGAAGUGGACACAUGGUAACUAGUGCAGGAAGUGGACACAUGGUAACUAGUGCAGGAAGUGGACACAUGAUAACUAGUGCAGGAAGUGGACACAUGGUAACUAGUGCAGGAAGUGGACACAUGAUAACUAGUGCAGGAAGUGGACACAUGGUAACUAGUGCAGGAAGUGGACACAUGAUAACUAGUGCAGGAAGUGGACACAUGGUAACUAGUGCAGGAAGUGGACACAUGAUAACUAGUGCAGGAAGUGGACACAUGUUAACUAGUGCAGGAAGUGGACACAUGAUAACUAGUGCAGGAAGUGGACACAUGGUAACUAGUGCAGGAAGUGGACACAUGAUAACUAGUGCAGGAAGUGGACACAUGUUAACUAGUGGAGGAAGUGGAGAAUGGUUGGUUUAUGGUGGAGGUACAGGCAGACUCAGUGGUCCGGGUAGUGGAGGCAGACUCAGUGGUCCAGGUAGUGGAGGCAGACUCAGUGGUCCAGGUAGUGGAGGCAGACUCAGUGGUCCAGGUAGUGGAGGCAGACUCAGUGGUCCAGGUAGUGGAGGCAGACUCAGUGGUCCAGGUAGUGGAGGCAGACUCAGUGGUCCAGGUAGUGGAGGCAGACUCAGUGGUCCAGGUAAUAGUAACGGCAGUGGAGUCUGGACCCAUGUGAAUUCCGAAAGUGUCUCUCAGUUUAACAGAAACACGAGCAAUGAAAGGACUGGUAGACUUAGCAGUACAGGAAGUGGAGAAUGGAAGGUUUAUAGUGGAAGUAAUGGACAGAUCAGUAAGGCAGGAAGUGGGGGAAGAAUCAGCAGUGCUGGAAGUGGACACAUGAUCAGCAGUGCUGGAAGUGGACACAUGAUCAGCAGUGCUGGAAGUGGACACAUGAUCAGCAGUGCUGGAAGUGGACACAUGAUCAGCAGUGCUGGAAGUGGACACAUGAUCAGCAGUGCUGCAAGUGGAGGUAGACUGAGAAGCAGAAGCACAGGAAGUGGAGGUAGUGGACAUAUGAUCAGUAGUGCAGGAAGUGGAGGUAGUGGACAUAUGAUCAGUAGUGCAGGAAGUGGAGGUAGACUGAGUAGCAGUAGCACAGGAAGUGGAGGUAGUGGACAUAUGAUCAGCAGUGCAGGUACUAGUGGACAGAGAAUUAGUAGUACAGAGGGUGGUGUCAGGGUCAGCAGUGGGGGUAGUCGAGUGAUUACCAGCAGUGGUGGUCCAGCCAGCAGCCCCAGCAGAGUGACCAUCAGGAACACAGGAAGCGGAGGCGGUGGAGGCAGAGAGCGGAUCAGCGUCUGUAAAAUGGCUGCCCUCUCCAUAUCAGCUGCCGUGAAAGAAAGAGAAAAGGCCCAGGAGGUCCGUCGGGAAUCCCACACAAAACAGGUGUCAGCCACCAGUCCUCGGGUCCAGCGGUGGAUGAGAACAUCGGUAGAAGAAACUGUGGACAAAAGUAAAACUGAUGACAACAGUGUACCAUUCUGAGUGGACAGAGGAGCAAGGCAUAAUGACAAAAUAGUCACACUACUUAUAGUUAAUACACAUCUAUUAAAUUGCAUUCCAUCAAAGGAGCGUUAAUACCUUUAAAUGACCAGUAUCACAAUGCACCUUCAUGUUAGAAAACAUGUUUUCACAGGAUCUCUGUCUGCAAUAAUUCCUGUUACUGUGCCUUUCAUCAUUGCUGUG